UUAUUGUGAAAAAGUUUUUUAUGGAGUCGCAGGAUUUUUCAAUGCAGAUAAUUUAUUUUCUCAUAAAAAUCUAGUAAAUUGAAAUCAGAAUUAAUUUCGACGUUGCGAUAACGUCGAGCGUAAGGUUGGUAGGCUGAACCAUUCUCGUCCGAAGAUGGAGCUAUCCCACAGUCUUACGCUAAAUGAGGACGCUCUGAAUCAACUUCCAGAACAGAAGCGUUCGGUGUUCAUUUUUGAAUGGCUUCGUUUUUUGGAUAAAGUGCUAGUUGCAGCGCAGAAAUCGGACAUUAAAGGAUGUCAAAAAAAGUUAGUAGAACAGUUGACGCAGCACAUUCAAGGUUCACCGGGACCUCCUACAAGGAAGCUUAUAGCUCGCUGUUUGGCGACGCUGUUCUCCGUAGGCGAUACAUUCUUAUUGUUCGAAACAGUUAACAAGUGCAACGACAUCUUAAAGAACAAGGAUGACUCUCCAAGUUAUCUCGCGACUCGACUAGCUGCAAUAUGCGUCGUUGGCUGUAUGUAUGAGAAACUUGGUCGAAUGAUGGGUCGGUCAUACGAAGAAACAGUACAGAUUUUAAUAAAAUCUUUGAAGAACGCAGAGUCACAAGUGCGAAUUGAAAUAAUGCUUACACUGGAGAAAGUAUGUGCAGGAAUGGGUUCGGCAAUUUCCAAUGUUCACAAAGAUAUUUAUAAGGCAGUUCGUUACUGCCUUACCGAUCGCGUGAUGGCAGUUCGUGUAGCUGCAUCCAAUUGUUUACUUGAAAUGACGAAGCACGCUCCCUUUCUGUACACUUCGGAGCUGGAGAGUCUAGCCGCAUUGUGUUUCCGGGCGUUCGACAGCUGCAAUUAUGAAGUUAGAUGUGCUGUUGCCAAGUUACUGGGGACACUGAUUGCAUGCACGCAGAACGGUAGCCUUAAAAAUUUCAGCAACAUGAAUUCUUCGGCAUCGAGCACUAAAUCGAUUCGACCGAUAUCGUUGGACGAAGCACUUGGAGUUCUAAUGGCAGGAUUUCUACGUGGUGGUGUAUCAUUUCUUAAAGGAACAGGAGAGAUUAUCAAAGGCAGUUCAGGAGUGAAUCGUGAAGUUCGAGUUGGCGUAACCCAUGCAUACGUCAUAUUUGUGCAAACGAUGGGUGGUUUGUGGUUGGAGCGUAAUAUGCAAAACUUCUUGGUUCAUGUGCUUGAUUUGGUCGCAAAUCCUAAAGCAGCUUCGUCUCAUGUAGAUGCCGUCUAUUCUCGAAAGUGUAUUAAUUUUAUAUUGCGGUCCGUUAUUGGAAAAAUGUUGGGAGAAAAAGCUCAGACUUCUGCUUGUAAAGAGUUAAUUCACGUGAUAGCCAAACAGAUGAAUUCCAUCGAUUUUAAUCCAGAAAAUGCAAAAGACUCAAACCAGGAAACAUUAUUCAGUCAGCAUUUAUUGGUAUGUGCACUACAAGAGUUAGGCAGUCUUGUACUGCUUUUGGGGACAACGGCUCAAAAUCUACUUACAGACCAAUCGCUUAACUUUAUUGAUGCGACUUGCGCCGUGCUGAUCCACCCGUGCAUGGCUGCAAGAUUAGCCGCAGCUUGGUGUCUCCGUUGUGUUUGUGUGGCCGUACCUAGCCAAAUAACUCCCUUGAUAGAUCGAUUCAUUGAGGCUAUUGAGAAAAUGAGAACUUCACCUGAUGCCAUAUCUGGGUACAGUGGUGCACUAGCUGCAGUAUUAGGCGGUGUGCGUUAUUCACCACUUGGCAUUCCACACACAAGAGGCAAGGUGAUAUUCAAUACAGCCGAAGAGUUACUACGAACUGCUAGUCAGAACAGUCGAUUAUCUUUGAAUAGAACGCAAGCUGGUUGGUUGCUAAUUGGCGCGAUCAUGACUUUAGGGGUCCCCGUAGUUAAAGGUUUACUUCCCAGAAUGCUGCUGUUGUGGCGCAAUGCCUUUCCUCGCUCUACAAAAGAGCUAGACUCAGAAAAGGCUCGUGGAGACGCUUUUACGUGGCAAGUCACUCUAGAAGGACGAGCAGGCGCACUUUCGGUAAUGCACAGUUUCCUAUUACACUGUCCGGAGUUGGUAACAGAUGAUAUUACACGUCGUCUAUUGACACCCAUUGAAAGUGCUCUGGCGAUGCUUAUCAACAUAACAUCGGUUCUGAAAAACUAUGGGCAGCAUUUGAAAGCACCGACGGCGAUGGUCCGAUUGCGUUUGUAUGAAACGCUCUCGCUGCUACCGGCAAAUGCCUUGGAAUCAUCUUACACACAUCUGCUGCGCAUGCUGGUGUCCGAGUUUACAUUGACUGAAAAUCCUGCCAACACGACGACAUCGCUUCUACGUCAAAUGUGCCACGCCGACGAUUCUAUCAUUCUUGGCACGUGGCUGCAGGAGACGGAUCAUCGCUCCAUUGAAGACCAGAAGAUGGAACCAAACCGUAAAGCCGAUCGUGAAUAUCUGCAACCGAACAGUGCCGCAGGUUCAGGUGCAUUGGAACACGACCCUUGCUGUCUAUAUCGUACCAUUUCAAACGGAGAACAAUGUCCUGGACCACUUCCACUGGGUGUCGCCGUAAUCGAUCAGUCGGUCACACUAUUCGGCCUGAUUUUCCCGAAAGUAGCCAACAAACAUCGCCUGCAGAUGCUGGAACAUUUCGGAGAGUGUAUCAAGCACGCCAAGAGCUCCCGCCAAGAAGCGGUGCAAAUGAACAUUUUUACGGCCUUGCUGAGUGGUCUUAAAGGGUUGACCGAAACAAAAUCCGGUAUUGGUCAGGAAGAAGUGAGAAAAAGUGCUUCCAAUUUGAUCAUCAACGCAUUAAUCUGUACAAAUCCCAUACUGCGUUGUGCAGCGGGCGAGGCACUAGGACGGAUAGCUCAAGUUUUGGGAGAUUCUCGAAUCACGGCGGAGCUUGCCCAAACUAGCUUUGAUCGUUUAAAAUCGGCUCGGGAUGUAGUGACAAGGACGGGCCACUCUCUCGCAUUAGGUUGCUUACAUCGAUAUGUCGGUGGAAUGGGAUCGUCGCAGCAUCUGAACACCAGUGUGUCUAUUUUGUUGGCACUAGCUCAAGACGGAAGCUCGCCUGUAGUCCAGGUUUGGUCCCUAUACGCACUAUCUUUGAUUGCAGAUUCAGGAGGUCCCAUGUUCAGAGGAUACGUUGAACCAACACUUUCGCUGGCGCUGAAGCUUCUUCUUUCAGUACCACAAUCGCAUGUCGAUGUACACCAGUGCAUUGGGCGCGUGUUGAGUGCAUUGAUCACUACUAUGGGCCCAGAACUACAAGGGAGUAAUACGACAAUAUGCACUGCGAGAUCAUCGUUCCUCUGUGCUGCUGCUAUUAUGCAAGCUCACGCAGAUCCGUUAGUACAAGCGGAAGCCACUGGAUGUUUACAGCAACUCCACCUGUUCGCACCUCGCCAUGUCAAUUUGUCAACUUUGGUUCCUAAUCUGUGUCAAAAUCUUAGCAGUAACUAUUUGAUGUUACGCAAAGCUGCAGUCUCUUGUCUGCGCCAAUUAACAACGCGCGAAGCGAAAGAAGUUUGUGAGCACGCAAUGAACUUGGUGCGCGAUGAUGAUGGAUUUGCGCUUUCGGAUUACGGAUUACCGGGUGUUUUGUUUGGAAUGCUUGACACCGAGAGCGAUAAUGUUAUGAUAAAAAAUAUCCAUGAUACUAUAACAUCUAUGCUGCAAAUAUUGGCCGCUGAUAACCUGUCCCAGUGGCUUAGUAUGUGUAAGAACGUACUGACAGUUGCUUCCGAGGCGGCUCUAACAGCAGGCCCAGCUGAAGCUGCCGGCUCCAAGGAAGAACCAGACGAUGCAGAAGACAAUGAAGGAGAUGAUGAUAAUAUUGAAUUUCAUGCUGAAGAUAAUCUAGUCACGCAUCCGGCCGUCCAGCCACGUUGGCCUACGAGAGUUUUCGCAGCAGAAUGUGUAAGAAAGAUUAUAUCUACAUGUGAACAUGCAAAUGCGGCUCACUAUGACUUGCUACUGGCAAAAGAAAUGCAAAUAACAAAAUCUCGCGGCGAUUAUCUGGUGCUGCAUUUGUCUGAUCUUAUUCGAAUGGCAUUCAUGGCUGCAACCAGUGAUUCCGAUCAACUCAGGCUGGAAGGUCUGAAGACACUGCAAGAAGUAAUUGACAAAUUCGCACGCGUUCCUGAGCCUGAAUUUCCAGGUCAUCUCCUGUUGGAACAGUUCCAGGCACAGGUUGGCGCUGCAUUGCGACCAGCCUUCUCCCAGGAUACUCCCUCACAUGUCACUGCAGCAGCUUGCGAGGUUUGUUCAGCAUGGAUUGGUUCCGGAGUAGCAAGGGAUUUGAAUGAUCUACGUCGCGUCCAUCAAUUGUUGGUCUCAAAUUUAAGUAAGCUCAAUGAUAAAACCAACAGUACACAGUUGUACAACGAAAGUAUGGCUACACUUGAAAAGCUAAGUAUCCUAAAAGCUUGGGCUCAAGUGUACAUAAUGGCAAUGAUUGGUAACGGAUCUGCUCCAGCCAGCUUAAUGUUAAAAACACUAUCUUCGUCAUCUAAUGCAAUUACCCCGUUGAUCAGUGAAUCAAAUCGACCAGAUGAAGAAUUUGGAGAUUUUGAGAGUCGUGGUGAGAGUCUGUUAGCGUUGGUACAACCCGAACUGAGCAAUCUAUCAACACACUGGUUAGCAGCUCUAAAGGACUAUGCUCUGCUGUCAUUACCUUCAGACUACGCAAGUCAACUGCCACACGAGGGCGGAGCUUUUUACACGAACGACACUAUGAAUCUAGCCAAGCCGCAUUAUUUAACAUCUUGGCCACCGAUUCUUUACGCCGCAGCGCUCUGGUUAAACGGAGGGUUUGUCAAAAAUGCAACAGAACUUACAACGGCUAACGACGACGAUAAAGCAAACGCAAACGAUGUAGCUAGUAUUAAAGCCACAGAUAAGACGAAUCAUAACUUGAUGGCGGCAGUCGGCGGGAAUGAUAACACGAUUUCACAUGGUAGCAUCAGUGCUGAUCGAUUUCAUCUGGUAUUUGGAAUUUGCAUGGAGGCACUCUGCAGUACAAGAACAAACGAAAAGCAGGACAGUGUUAUUGCAUGCUUACAAUCAUUGUACACUAUAUUCGACUCAAAAUGGUCUCGUUUGAUGAUGACGAAGAAUAAAUCGCUUCCUGUGGAGUUGUGUAACGUGUUGCAUCGAUUGAUACUAACACGGGACAGCGUUGAAGUUCAGUAUCUGAGUAUUUUAAUAAUGAAACAAACCAUCACUGCAAAUAACGAAUCACUCGAACUGGAAAAGCAAGAUAAACUGAGCGAAGCUGCGUGCAAAGCUGAUAACGAAAAUGUCGAAAAUCCGGAUAUUGAUAAUCUUGGCGAAGGUGGCGAGGAAGGUCAAAUUUUACCUGGAAAAUCUCACGUCUACGCAGUUAUGGAGGUAGUUUUGUGUCUACUCGCACGUCAAAUCCCUGCAAUGAAUCCAUCGCAAAGUGCACGUGUGGCAACCGAACAACUUCAACGCCAGAUGACCGAGGCGAAAAAUGGACGUUUCAAAUUGUCCGAAGACAGUAGUCUUCUCGUGGCGACUAUACUUCAGAGUAUGUUGGAACUUACAAAGCUUUGCUCACCUACUGGAGCUCUAUCUAUUCUUCCGACAAUGCUCUAUCUUACCACUGGCGUCAUUAAGGAAGUGGCAACCAAAUCAAUCAACGAUGAAACCAUAAUAGCCAACUCGAAUAUCAUCCAAUCGGCAUUGCAAUUAUUGAAAACCUUAGCUACCGAUCGUUAUGCCAAACAUGAACUAUCAGCGGACGGCUGGCGAAAACUGUUACAAAGCGCGCUGGGUAAAAUUAUAGACCUGACUAAGACCGGUUGCGAAGAAACCAAACUGGAUGAAGUAACCAUGAUGCUGGCCAUUGCGGUUUUUCUGCUACACACUCCAUCUUCCCUGGUAUCAGCGCCAAAUUUACAAUACCCAUGCAUCAAUCACUUCCGACAAUGCUUGAUGAGCGGCUCUCCAAUGGUUCGUCUGAAAUGCGUUCAAACCAUGCGCUCGAUUUUUGUCAACACAGAUCUGAAAGUUUCAACUCCAUACAUUCAUGCUUUAGCACCAAGGCUGAUCGAAACUUUGUACACUCAGUCGAAUCGUAGUCCGCAAAACGACAUAGAGUUAGCAUUUAUUCUGGAGGGUAUAUCAACUCUAGAAGCUUUAAUAGCGUUAGCAGAGCCUCAGAAUCAAGAAUCAGUACAAGGCAUUCAGAUGCUGACUUUGCUGGUUCCAAUCCUCAUCAAUUAUCUGCUCGAGCCGGAGCAAUUGCGCACACACACAAAACAAGCUGUCCAAUUGCAUGAACAGUCUCUCCAAUGGCUGAUGAAGAUUGGCCCAAAGUAUCCCCAGGAAUUCAAAUCUUUCAUGUCCCAAGCUCCGGAGUUGCGGAACAAGCUAGAAUCGGCUAUAAAGCGUAACCAGAUGACGGCAAUUCAGGCAAAAAACAAAAGCGAGGCCGCCAAUGCGGUAGCUCGUGCUAGCGCGACGCAGCAGCAAAAGCCUACAAUUCAGUUGAAAACUGACUUUAGUAACUUUAGCACGUCAUAAAAUUUGUGCGAUUACACUUCAUAAGUAAACUACUCUCAACAAUCUAUCUUUGAAACCUAAUAGAAUAAUCAGUAGAAUGUUUCCGAAUAAUGACAAAACACAUUUUAUACUUACUUGAAGCUUAAAUCAAUUGUAAUCUAACGAGUGGAAUAUAAUAUUGGCUGUAUUUAUUACUAGUGAAGUACCUAGCAGUUUGCCUACUAAAGGGAAUUGUGAAAUUAUUUAAAUUUUAAAUAAUUGAACGUCUAAUUGUUAUUAUCCACGUAAUUUAAAAAUAAUAAAGUAUAACAGUUAUACUCACUCUGU